AGCCUGCGUAGCCUCAAAGAAGUCUCUGCUGAGUGGCAGCAAGGUGGAUGCCGGUGCAGCUCGAGGCACCGCAGGUUGCGCGAGCCAAUGAGCGGCAUGAGUGGGAGUACGGGCAGCGGCAACACCAGGCCGCCUUGAGGAACAUCCAAAAUCAGGUAGGAAGACGGACAAGUACAACAAGCGUGCAGACUUGCACCCGGCGUUUUGGGGACAGCUACUUGCGACGUGCUCAAGUUGGCCGGGAAAAUCGGAAGCUGGUGGAGAAGUUGGAGAGCAUCGCCAGAGGCUAUGGAGCUUGGGAUCCCAGAGCACCACCAUCGAAGCAGGACUACAUUGUGACUCCAGGCCCCUUCAUAGUGCCAAGGGGCGAACAAGGAGUGUCAUUAGCUGCACCAGCAAAGCGAGUGAGGUCAUUAAAUGAGCCUUACCGAUAUCGCAUGCAGCAAGUGAUCAUGCAAGAAAAUGCUCAGAUGGUGAAUCGAAUUUUAUCGGUUGGUCCCACCUUCAACCGGAAGGUCGAGGCUCAAGAUUUCAGUCGUCACAGGAGGGCUGCGCAAAACUUGCAGCGCUUUGUUGACAGAGGGACUUUGCCACACAAGUCCCUACCAGCUUUGCGUGUUCCCCGACCAUCUAGCACAUGGACCUCUCAGGGUUUGGAGGCGCUCCUGGUGCCGGGCGACCUAUGCCGCGUCGGCUCCGCGCCCGUUCUCAGCGAUGCAAGUCACGAGCGAUCAUGGGAGGAAAGUGCAGGGACCAAUGCUACAGAGGGUGGACGAAGUGAAGGAGCUGUUACUGCCAGUGUCACCGACCAGGGUAGUUCAGGUGCAGGGACCAAUGCUACAGAGGGUGGACGAAGUGAAGGAGCUGUUACUGCCAGUGUCACCGACCAGGGUAGUCCAGGCGCUCGCACGCCAGAAGUCCGGAGUCCAGAUCGGGCGGCACGUGGUCUUUCGCUGAACCCGCAGGCGAGCUUCUCCAAUGGAAUGAGCGGUGGCCCCUUUGAUCGUGACCACCCAAUGGAGAGGAGACAGUGGCUCUCCUCAGAUGUUGGAGCCGGUGGCUCCAGCGUUUCCCCGGCAUCACCCAGUGGUCCAGGUGACAAAUCGGAAGCGGGCUACUCUGACAACUGGGACGAGGAAUCGCCAAAGUCGCAGCCGAGCCCAGGCAGCACCCGCAGCCGCAGACCAAGGAAUGGCAAUUUGUGAGUGGUGCGACGACGCUUGUGAUGCCACAGUUUCGCUGUUGGCAAGUGAAAGACCAG